AUGGCUACACUUCAAUCGGAAUAUUGGAUUCUACACUUGAAAUCUACAGUCAAACACUGUAUCCACAAAUGUUUUAAAUGCUACAGAUUCAAUGCAACAGAGAUGCAGCAGAAAAUGGUCAACUUGCCAACGUUGCGAGUGAGUCAAGCGUGCCCAUUUCAAACAUCGGGAGUUGCUUAUGCUGGUCCUGUUCAACUCAAAGCUUGGAAAGGGCGAUGUAGCAAAAUUACAAAAGCGUAUAUCGCGAUUUUUGUAUGUUUUUGCACAAAAGCAGUUCAUCUUGAGCUUGUUAGCGAUUACACCACAUCCGCAUUUAUCGCAGCUUUUAGACGUUUCACUGCUCGCCGUGGAAUAUGUUCAAAUUUGUACAGCGAUUGUGGUACGAAUUUCAAAGGGGCUGCAAAUAUCAUGGAUGCAAAGAGAAACUUCAUGCCAAAGCAGUGGACAAAAGACAUCGCAAAAAUUCUUCAAGAGAACGGUACACAAUGGCAUUUCAACCCACCUGCUGCUCCACAUUUUGGUGGUUUUUGGGAGGCAGGUGUGAAGUCCAUGAAGUACCACUUAAAGCGCGUUAUCGGGCACUACACCCUUACCUUUGAGGAAUACGCCACCAUACUCACUCAAGUGGAAGCUUGCUUAAAUUCCCGCCCACUUUGUCCUGUAAAUGAAGAUCCUGAUGAUCUCUCAAUCUUGACACCAGGACACUUUUUGAUUGGGUCAGCACUUAACACAGCACCAGAAAAGGAUUUCACACAACUUAAAGAAUCUCAUUUAGAUAGAUGGCAACUUAUGCAAAAAAUCCACCAAGAUGUUUGGAAAAAGUGA